AGUAACCCGAAAGAGUGAAGUUUUGAUGUUUUUUUGAAGUGGAAAAAAAGUGGUCUUUUCUUUUUGGGUCUUUAAGAUGGGGAUGGAUUCUGGGAUUGAAAUCAAGAUGAUGAAUCCAAAGAAAGUAGACAAUUUGGUGCAACUGGAGGGACCAGGUCACGCCAUGUUAGCAUCAGCAGCACCACAGCCAUCCAUGUCAUCGCGGCCACCUGAUGGACGGCGAACGCUUCAGCACCUGCAGGAACAGAUGCACGGGCAAGGAGAGCAAGGACAAGAGUUGGUUGAUUUUAAGCCGUUUAAAAAGUGGGUGCCUUGGAUGGUUCCAGGCUUUGUUUUGGCUAAUAUAGUCGUUUUUGUAAUAACAAUGUUCAUUAAUGAUUGCCCCAAGAACUCGGUUUCUUGUUUGGCAGGGUUCUUGGGAAGGUUCUCCUUUCAGCCUUUGAAACAGAACCCUCUCCUUGGCCCUUCUUCUUAUACAUUAGAGAAAAUGGGUGCUCUAGAAGUGUCUAAAGUUGUCCAUGGACAUCAAGCAUGGCGCCUAAUUUCUUGUAUAUGGUUGCACGCGGGGGUUUUCCACAUACUUGCCAACAUGUUGAGUCUUGUAUUCAUUGGAAUUCAACUUGAGCAAGAAUUUGGGUUUGUGAGAAUUGGGUUGCUUUAUCUAAUUGCCGGUUUUGGUGGGAGUUUGAUGUCAUCUCUUUUUAUUCAGACUGGUACAUCAGUGGGUGCCUCUGGUGCACUCUUUGGUUUACUAGGAAGCAUGCUUUCAGAACUCAUCACAAACUGGACAAUAUAUGAAAAUAAGUUAGCAGCGCUGUUGACUCUCAUUUUAAUAAUCGUACUAAAUCUAGCAGUGGGAAUCCUCCCACACGUGGAUAACUUUGCUCAUAUUGGGGGAUUUCUUUCUGGGUUUCUCCUUGGAUUUGUGUUUCUAAUCCGCCCUCAGUUUGGAUAUGUUAGUGAGAAACAUGUUCCUCUAGGAUACAUUACAGGUUCUCGAAAACCUAAACACAAACCAUACCAGUAUGUCCUGUGGCUCAUCUCUCUGAUACUAUUGAUCAUCGGAUUGACUGUUGGCCUAGUUAUGCUCCUUCGGGGGGUUAACUUGAAUGAUCACUGUUCUUGGUGUCAUUAUGUGACUUGCAUCCCGACCUCGUUGUGGAGCUGCAAAACACAGAAAGUGUAUUGUGAGUCGAUCCAAUACGAGAAUCAACUGAAUUUGACGUGCAUAAGCAAUGGGAAAAGCAACAUCUAUACAAUAUCAGGUGAAAACUCUUCCCAGGUUCAGCAGCUAUGUACUAAUCUCUGUAGUUGAGGCACAAGCAUGUAUAGGAGAAGAUGAAUUAGUAGGCAAUACAAUGAUUAUU